UCAAAAUAGGUAGCGCGUUCCUGGCAGCGUGCUGCGCACUGUUUGUUUAAAAAUAUCUCUCAGCUGAUGCUAGUUGACAGGGUCUAGGUCUUAGUCUGCAGCGAAUGGCAAGUUCAGCAAGGUUAAGUAGCUGUUAUUAGAUUGAGAUCUAAGAACUAGCCUGUGAGGAAUAAUGACAACUAAACGACGGCAGUCGUUUAUUCACAUGGAGUUAGACAGGUGGAAGGUUUUUAGUCUACUUUCCCCUGCUCUUCGCCAGAAAGUGCGCUUGGCUUGUGUCUUUGGCACCCAUGGAAAUGAAGCUCUUUUGGUCACUAUUGAUGAUGAGGUUUAUGCCUUGGGGUCUAAUGGACAUGGUUGUCUUGGCCUUGGAAAUCAACAGGGAACUUUGUUUCCCCAGUGUGUUGAACAACUUUGUGGCAAGGGUAUUCAAAGCUUCACUUAUGGGAGUGGUCCUCACGUUCUCGCACUUACUGAAAGAGGGGAAGUGUAUUCUUGGGGGCAGAAUGUGUAUUGUGAAUUAGGGCAUGGUGCAUCAACACCUGGUCUCUUACCAACAAUGAUUAGUAGUUUUCUCAGCACAUUAAAAGUCGUGGAGAUAGCAUGUGGAAGUCAUCAUAGUAUCGCAUUAACCGACUGUGGACAGGUUUUUGGCUGGGGUGAAAACAAUUGUGGACAAGUUGGAUCAGGUACAACAAGCAACCAAUGUACUCCAGUGAGAGUGACCCAUUCGCUUUCAUCUCGCAAAGUUGUCAAUGUAGCAUGUGGUCAAGUAAGCACCCAUGCACUUUUGGAUAAUGGAGAGGUAUACAGCUGGGGUUAUAAUGGAAAUGGGCAGUUGGGUUUAGGCAAUUCUGUUGUGAAUCAGUUGGUACCUGCCUUUGUUCAAAGUCUUGUCGGUGUUGUAAUCACCAAGGUAAUGUGUGGUCUAGUUCAUUGCCUAGCCUUGACUGAUGAAGGAGAGUUGUACGGAUGGGGUGCUAAUAGUAUGGGUCAACUAGGAACAGGACAUAAGACCAAUAGUGUAACUCCGAUCAAAGUAGCCACUAAUAUAGGGAGAGUUGUGGACAUUGCUGCACAUCAUUACAAUAACAUGUCAGCUGCACGAACUCAACACAAAGUAUAUAUGUGGGGCCAGUGUCAAGGUCUUACAAUCACAUCACCAGUGGAGACCCCUUUUACAUCUUUGCAUGAGGUUUUUGCAUGCUUCGCUGAUACUGAAGUUACUUACAAACCCAUACAAUUAGAGAAAAAGUCAUCACAGAGUGUAGCAGAUUCGCUCCGUUUGGCUUUUGAUGAUCAGAAUACAAGUGACUUAACUAUCUUGGUUAAUGGAAAAAACAUUCAUGUACAUAAAUCGAUUUUGAAAAUUCGAUGUGAAUACUUCAGGAACAUGUUCAAGGAUCACUGGUCUGAAGACAAAAAGAGUGUUUUGGAGCUAAAACAGUUUUCAUAUCCUGUCAUAAAGGCUUUCCUCCAAUAUCUGUACACAGAUGAACUAGUCAUAGCUUCAGAAUGUGCCCUAGAGCUUCUUGAUUUGGCUAACGCCUAUUGCGAGCAACAGCUCAAAGAACUCUGUGAGCAAAUAUUAAAACAUGGUGUUAAUGUUGAAAAUGUUGCAACUCUUUAUUCCACUGCAAUUACACACCAAUCUGAGGAUCUGCGGAAGUUCUGCUUCAAUUUUAUUUUGAACCACAUGACAGCAGUGAGCCAAACGGUUGCGUUUAGCUCUCUUGAUGAAAACACUUUUCGUGAACUUAUUGUCAAAGCAGGAGAAGCCGGUGUUUUCAAAACUUAAGUUUGUUUUUUUUGUUUAUUUGAUCUCUGUUAUCUUAAAAGCUUGUCAGCUAAGAAAUUAUUGUUUUAUUUCAUGAUGUCCAGUACUUUUUAUCUUCUGUUUUGUUUUUACAAUUAAUUUUGUGGUGAUUUAAUGUCAUAGUGUGAAGCACCCUAUAGACCAGUCAAUGAUCUAAUUUUUUAGAAUUCUAGGGUGUUGUUGAUAUGGCUGUGAUACAAUAAUUCAUCAUUAUUUUAGAAAUAGAAAAUAUAAUUAGAUAGAUAGUUUCAAAUAUUUUGAAGGCUAUUUUUGUUUUUGUUUUAUGUUAUUUUUAAUGAAAUAAAGUAACACAUGUUUUUGCUAAAUCUA